AUGACUGAGACCUUGUCACCCAGUGGUGCAAUUGAGAGCACCAUUGCACAGUACAAGGCACGCUUGCACACCUUCUACUACGAGAGCAUUGCGCCCAACAUCGGGCUUCUGUUCAUAGUUCUGUCCCAGUUCUUCAACUCCAUCAUGGUGACCACCACGAAGCUUCUGGAGACGGAUCCGGACCAGACCGGACCCCCGAUCCAUCCUUUCCAAAUCCUGUUCGUCCGUAUGAUCAUCACCUUUGCUGGCUGCUUCACCUACCUCAAGUUCUACAAGAAAGAGGAGCAGAUAUGGGGCCCUCCAAGCCUUAGGUUCUGGCUCGUACUGAGAGGUCUGACCGGGUUCGUUGGGGUGUUCUCAAUGUACUACUCCCUACUAUACCUCUCGGUGUCUGAAGCUACAGUUAUAACGUUCCUGGUUCCGUCUGUAACGGGGUUUCUUGCCUGGGUGAUUCUUAGAGAGAGAUGGUCCUUGAUAGAGGCUGGUGGUGCCUUGAUCUCACUUGUGGGUGUCAUGCUCAUCGCCAGACCUUCUUUCAUCUUUGGAAGCGCAGGUGCCGAUGCCGGAGAAGGAGCUGACGUUGACAGUGCCAACAGACUCAAGGCCACUCUAAUGGCUCUGUUUGGAGUGUGUGGUGCCAGUGGUGUGUAUAUUGUGAUCAGAUUCAUUGGCAAACGUGUGCAUUCCUUGGUGAUGGUUCAGUAUUUCGCCGGCAUCACAGUGCUGAUCAGUCUGGCAGGCACCAUCCUUGUGCCAGGAUUGGGAUUCAGAGUCCCUCAGAGUGGUAGACAGUGGUUCCUGUUCUUUGCACUGGGUAUCAGUGGCUUCUUCAUGCAAUUCCUACUGACGGAAGGCAUCCAACGUGAGAAGGCCAGUAGGGCAUCAAUGAUGCUCUACUCGCAAAUGGUCUAUGCCCUCAUUUGGGAAGUCACAAUAUGGCACCAUCUUCCGAGCUUCUGGUCCUGGCUCGGCAUCUUCAUCAUUCUGACGGCUGCGUUCGUCGUCGUCACCCAUAAACCGAAGGAGGUGACCAAACUCCCCGACGACGAGAUGCCGUACUCAGACUUGGAGAACGACUCUACGGAUACUGACGGUGCAGAGGCUCUUCGUUUAUAG